CUUCUUUGUGUCCCAACUUAUAAGCCACUCCAACUGGCAAUAUGCAGGCCGCCAAGGACGUGCUGCAGCUGACGGCAGAGGAGGAGGAGGAAGCGCGCCGGUUCGCCAUGAGGCUCGCCUUGGGCUACUGCCUUCCCUUGACUCUUAAAGUAGCCAUCGAGCUGGAGCUCCUCGAGACCAUCGUCAAGGCCGGCCCCGGCGCCAUGCUGAGCCCCGCUGACAUCGCGGCGGGGCUACCCACCGAAAACCCUCAGGCGACCGAUAUGGUGGACCGGAUGCUCCGCUUGCUCGCCGCCAACGGCAUCCUCAGUUGGUCUGUCGAGGCCAGCGGCGUCGAUGGCCGCCCCACGUGCAAGUACGGUGCGGCGCCUGUCUGCAAGUACUUGACCAGGAACGAGGACGGCGUGUCCAUGGCCACUUUGACCUUGUUGGUCAAUGAUAAGAUCACCAUGGAGUGCGGUUACUGCUUGAAGGAUGCGGUGUUGGAGGGCGGCAUCCCGUUCAAGAAGGCUCACGGGAUGACGGUGUUCGAGCACCACGGCAAAGAUCCACGGUUCAACAAGUUGUUCAAUGACAGCAUGAGGAACCACUCCACCAUCUUGAUCAAGCAACUGCUGGAGACCUACCGCGGCUUCGACGACGUCAAAGUGCUCGUCGACGUCGGCGGCGGGACCGGCGCCACGCUCCACAUGAUCACCUCGGGGCAUCAGCACAUCAAGGGCAUCAACUUCGAUCUCCCUCACGUCAUAUCCGAUGCACCACCCUACCCAGGUGUAGAGCACGUCAGUGGCGACAUGUUUGAGAGCGUUCCGAGUGGAGGAGACGCCAUCUUCAUGAAGUGGAUUCUUCAUGACUGGACUGACGAGCAGUGCGCCAGAAUACUGAAGAACUGUUGGAAGGCACUUCCAAAGAAAGGGAAGGUGAUACUUGUGGAAUACCUACUUCCCAUGAGUCCGGAGCAAUAUUCAAACUCGCAAGGCAUCUUUGAACUGGACAUGGGAAUGAUGACGCACACUGAAGGAAGAGAGAGGACACAGGAAGAGUUUGAGGCACUGGCGAAGGAAGCAGGCUUCGUAGGAUUCAAAGCCACUUACAUAUCUAUUUAUGCUUGGCUCAUAGAGUUCACCAAGUAGAUCAGAUCCAAAAAAAACUCAAUAUCAUGUCAUGUGCUGUGCUGUGCCGCUGAUGUAGUAGCAGAUAUUUGCUUUUGUGUUUUGCUUCUGGCUCUCUGCUCCACUGGGGGACCUCCGAAUUAUCAGUUUGGCUAUGGUAUCAAAUUAACACCGCUAUAAUAA